UUGCUUUGUGGGUAGCAGGAAAAGGCUCAAAAGGCGCUGUAAUAGCGACAAGCGCACGUUGCAGAAUUACUACAGCAAAAAUAACAAGAAAAUAACCUGUUUUCAAGGCAAACCCAAGACUGCCCCUACAAUUUUAUGUAACUCCAAUUUUCACUCACAAGAAGACUGUUAAAAAAUGUCCAUUGGCGUGCCAAUCAAGGUCCUGCAUGAGGCCGAGGGACACAUUGUGACCUGUGAGACCAACACAGGAGAGGUGUACAGAGGCAAGCUGAUUGAAGCUGAGGACAACAUGAACUGUCAGAUGUCCAACAUUACCGUGACCUAUCGGGAUGGUCGGGUCGCGCAGUUGGAACAGGUCUACAUCCGAGGAAGCAAGAUCCGCUUUCUGAUCCUACCUGAUAUGUUAAAGAAUGCUCCCAUGUUAAAGAGCAUGAAGAACAAGAACCAGGGUUCUGGCGCAGGAAGAGGCAAAGCUGCCAUUCUAAAAGCACAAGUGGCUGCAAGAGGACGAGGUCGUGGUGGAAUUGGAAGAGGCAACAUCUUCCAAAAGAGGCGAUAACUUUCCUUUGUUCUUGUUUCAUUUAGUCGUCUUUGGAUUUGAAAUAAUUUGCGAUUCUCUGGUAUUUUGUGCUUUUGCAAUUCCUCACUUUGAUUUUUAUUUUGUAUGGAAAUAAACAUCUUUGCGUUUACAACUCUUA